AGAAUCUGAAAUGAACCUGGUUUCCAUAGUGGUUACUCUGACUGUACACAUGACUAUUGUAUUAUUAUAGCUGUUUUUUGUUAUUAGACAGUUUUGUUACCAAAUACUGAGAAAUGUGGCUGAAUAAUUACUUGUUCAUUGAGUGAAGGAAAACAUUAAGAUUGGUUCUGGUGUUAAUCAAUCCCUUCUUUACCGAAUAUAAAUAUUCUUCUGAUGGAAUUGGCUUUUCAUUGUUUAUCAUUCCCUUUGUUUAAGUGCAUUUCAGUGAUCAAGAAGUAUAAUUGCCAAUAGAUGAUGCUGCAGAUUCCAAAUUGCAUUCAAUUGUGUUGUGAUUAUCCAAUUUAACAUUUUUGGAUUCUAAUUGUUCUAAGCGUUUUAAAAUCAAUGGUUUUUAGUUUGAACUGGACUUAAGUUGGAAUUGGAUUUUUGAAGGAAAAAACGAUUUCUGCGUUCUCCUGUUAAUCUUUAUAUAAUCUAAGAUGUCGGUCAGUGGACUGACUAGAUUAACAAUGAGCUCCAAUCUUUGGUUCAAGGAAACUUGGUCCAAACUCCGUCGAACCAAGCAAAUAUCUGGUUCCUCUGAUAUGCUUGAGACUCAAUUGAACAGAUGUCUAUCAACCUUCGACAUAACACUCCUCGGUAUUGGUCAUAUGGUUGGUUCAGGCGUCUAUGUAUUGACAGCUCCCAUCGCCAAGAAGGUUGUUGGACCAGCAAUUGUAGUGGCUUAUAUCAUAUCUGGAUUUGCAUCGCUCUUAGCCGCUCUUUGUUAUGCUGAAUUCAGUGUUCGCUUUCCUCGAGCUGGAUCAGCUUAUUCCUAUACUUAUCUGGUUUUGGGUGAAUUUUGGGCCUUCACAGUGGGCUGGAAUAUGGUCAUGGAGAACCUGAUUGGAGUUGCUGUGGUUAGCAGAGCUUGUUCUGCUUAUAUUGACUCACUUCUUGGUGGCAUCAUUCGUGAAUAUACUUUAUCGAUGAUUUCGGGUUACAUUGGAUUGAAUUUAAUCUCUCAACACAUUGACCUGUUUGCUGCCGCCAUUGUAACCAUAUUUGUUAGCUUCCUUACUUGUGGAGUCAGAACUACAUCUUACUUGAACAAUGUCUUUUCCCUGGUUAAUAUUGUCAUUAUAUUGGUGAUUAUUCUGGUUGGUGGUUACUUUGCAGAUAAACAAAACUGGUCCUUACCUGAUGCUGGUUUCAUGCCAUUCGGAUGGAAAGGUGUUUUCGCUGCUUCGGCAUCGUGUUUUUAUGCAUUCAUUGGAUUUGAUUCGAUUGCAACUUCAGGUGAAGAAGCUAAAGACCCACAAAAAUCGAUUCCAAUAGCAACAAUGAUCUCAAUGGCUUUUGCUACUUUGGCUUAUGUUGGUGUUUCCGCUGUUCUUACCUUAAUGAUUCCCUUCAAUGAAAUCAAUGACGAAUCAGGUUUACCCGAUGCAUUAGGACGUGUUGGUGCUGGUUGGGCAAAGAUCCUCGUCAUCAUUGGUGCUUCUUGUGGUAUGAUCACUGUUCUGGUUGGUACAAUGUAUGCUCUAACCAGAAUUGUAUACGCAAUGGCUGAUGAUGGUCUAUUGUUUUCAUGGAUGUCAAAGGUUAACGAAAAAACUCAAAUUCCUUUGUAUGCAAUGUACUUUUUUGCAUCAAUCGGAGCCGUUUUAGCACUUUUUUUGGAUAUAAAUACCUUAGUUGAGAUGAUGUCCAUAGGUACUUUACUGGCUUACCUUGUGGUCAGUGCAUCAGUGAUCAUUGUUAGAUAUCAACCAAUGGAACCAAUUCAUCAACAAUUAACUUGUGAUUUAGAUGAUCAACAAGAGCUCAAUGAACUGUCCACCGAAUCACCUCGAAGAUCAAUUAAUGAUGAUCAUUUUCUAUCUUCAUCCAUCUUCUCAAAACGAGGUGAUUCCAUCAGUAGUUCAACCAAUUCAUCGGGUUUACUCCAAUCGAUUCGAGGUUACUUUUCAAGAUUACGACUUCUCCGUUAUGCUCCUCGCUCGAUGCCCACAAUUUGCGUCUUCAUAAUGGUCAAGGUAAUAUUUCUUCUCUGUGCUCUUGGACCACUUUUAAUCAAGGCUUCUGAGAAUAAUAAACUUUGGCUGGGAGUUAUUGCUAUCUUAGCCAUCAUCUUGGCAUUAUCCUUUGCUAUUAUUGCUCUUCAUGAGCAAAAUACAUCAUCAUUACGUUACAAAGUGCCCUUCGUUCCCUUCGUGCCAACCCUUUCCAUCGUCUUCAAUGCCACCCUAAUGACAAACCUUCAACCCUUGACCUGGCUUCGGUUAAUUGUUUGGAUGACCUUUGGUUUUAUCAUUUAUUUUAUUUACGGAAUCAAACACAGUUCCUUGGAUCCAGAAUCAAACAGAGUUGCUACCAAUGUUAGGAAUUGGGGUUCACUUGAUGAUCAGGAAAAUCUGGCCGAUAAUCGGGUGGAAACUGGUGACUCGAUGUCGAUUGGUUCGGCUUAUUGAGGUUGGCUUCAAUUUCAUGAACAGAUUUGAUAAACAUUGAAAAUCCAUCCAAAAUAAUGACAAUAAUCAAUUUACGUAAAGAGUAAAGACCAAAGAAACGAGAGGAAAAAGAAAAUGAAUUUACAUUGAUAUUUUUUCCAUUUGUUUUGUUUCUUUUUUGUGCUGCUUAUUCAUUUUCUCAUUCAAAUUGCCAACAAUUUUUUCAAUUGAAAUUUUUCAACGAACUGUUUGAUUAAUUAAUCGCUGUCGUCAAUUUGAAUCGAAAUUAUAAUUCUGAAUGAUAAUUGUUUCAUUGAAUAUUGAACAUCAACUAAUCAGUUUAUCUUAAUCCAAAGAAACUUGGAGUUUACGUUUUCAUAAUUAAUAUCAUCAUUUGACUCAUGGUUCAAUUAAUUUUAUUUAAAAUCGUUUUAAAAUUGAAUUCAAUGAACUACAUUCGUCUUGUUUUACAAACAAAAAUAAAAUUCGCCCAAUACAAGUGAUAAAA